CUGAUUUGGAGUAUCAAUGGCAGAACCUAAUCGUAGCAAUCAAGAUUCACCUGAUGCAACAACCAUCGAUCUACAGAGCAUCGCUCACUUCCUUAAUCAAAUCACUGCACUGCAAACUCAAUUGAGUCGAGGUAACAAUCCAAUUCCUACCCUUUUUUGAAUUCGGCACAAGAAUCGUCAAACCCUUACUAUCUUCAUGCUUCUGAGAAUCCUGGAGUAUCGAUUACGAAUGUGAUCUUGAAUGGAAAGAAUUAUGGAUCUUGGAGGAGAGCAAUGGUAUUGGCGUUGGAAUCGAAGAACAAAUUUGGUUUCGUGGAUGGAACGAUAACCAAACCAGAAAAAGGCGAUAGCUUGUUUGAACCCUGGAAAAGGUGUAAUACAUACGUAGUGUCUUGGCUUAAUCUUUCUCUGGAGUCAAGCAUCUCUCAAUCUGUGAUAUGGAACAAUGUUGCCCAUGAUAUUUGGAACGAACUUGAGCACCGAUACCACCAGGGUGAUAGGUACCGAGUGGCUGAGCUUCAAGAAGAAUUGUAUGCCAUAAGACAAGGCGAACUUGAUGUAACUUCAUAUUACACAAAAUUGAAGACAAUUUGGGAAGAGCUGGAUAAUUUCAGAAGCAUUCCAAUGUGCCAAUGUGGCGUAACCUGUAAUUGUGGAUUAGGAGUAAUUAGGAGUCACAGGUCUGAAGAUCAAAUAACCAGGUUCUUGAGAGGAUUAAAUAAUCAAUAUUCUGCUGUGAGAUCACAAGUGAUGAUGAUGAAUCCUCUUCCUAGCUCGAACGAUGUAUUUGCAAUGCUCACCCAACAAGAAAGACAAUUCCAAAGUGAAUUGCUCUCCCCACAGAUCGUGAACAAUUCUACUCUUUCCUUGAACUUUGUGGAAUCUGGACAAAACAGAGGGAAAGGAAGAGGUAGAGGAGGAAGAAAUCAAAGCGGAAGAGGACAAAGUAGAAAGGUGCAAUGUGCACAUUGUAGGAAGCUAGGACACAACAUUGAAUCAUGCUACAAGAAGCAUGGUUAUCCUCCACACUUGAAGCAAAUGAUUAGUAGAGAAGCUGCUGUAAACUACAUGACAACAGCAGCAACUGAGGAAGACAAUGAGAAAUUCAGUAGCCAACUGGUCGGAGGUAAGGCUGUCAAUUCUGAAUUUACUGCAGAGCAAAAACAAGCUUUAUUAGCACUCUUGGGCAAUUAUGAGUUAAAGCCUAUUCAAAGCACUGACCAAAUUGUGACACAAUCACAGUCACCACCUCAUCAAGGACUGCAGUUCCAUGAGGAUAAUUGGCAAAGCUGAAUCUGAUGGAGGCAUUUAUACACUGAAAGCUGAAGCGAGGAAUCUGCAAUUUGGCACAAGCAUUAACACAUGCAUCAUGAAUAUACAAGGCAUAAGAGAUAAGGACUUAUGGCAUUAUCGACUAGGACAUCUAUCAUGUAGUGGUUUAAUUGACAUGAAAAAACAUUAUAAUUUCAUUACCUAUGACAUUGAUGAGAAUCCCUGUCAUGCAUGUCACUUGGCAAAGCAAAAGUUGCUGCCAUUUAGCUUAAGCACUACCAAAUCACAACAUUGUUUGGAUAUGAUACAUGUAGAUAUAUGGGGACCUCUCUCCAUUCCUUCAAUAAAUGGACACAAAUAUUUUCUUACUAUAGUAGACAAUAAGUC